AAUUCUUAUCUUAACUACUGCAUUAGAACAAACAACACAAACUGUUACUGUUCAAAGUCCAUCCGAAAAUGUUUUUCAGAAACUCUACUUGAAAUAUUCAUCAACACUUCAAUGUCCAUGCAAUCAAGUCGAAACGCUGUACAAAACAUUUACCACUAUAUCAUACAAACUUCAUCCCGUAUGUUCAAGUGUGUUUGUCUCCAGUACUUGGAUAAAUAUUCUAUUUAAUCCUGAUAUAGCAUAUUUCCAUCCCUUAGAUUUUCGUUCAUCUGCGAGUGGACAAUUUCAACUUCUUACUUCACUCUGUUUAUUUGCUAAUAGAACCAUAGAAAAUGCAAUCGAUGACUUUCUCUCAGAUACUCUUUUGAGUCCACAGAUUCUUUCCAUAUCUUCACUAAAAGAUCAAAGCGAAACAAAAAGUCAAUUUUUGAAAACAUCAACAAGUUAUACGUACAGUCGUCUUCUUAAUUUGGUUCGUGGUAUAACUCAUAUGAAUGUUUUACUACCAGCAAUGCAAACAUCAAUGAUGCAUUUACUAUUUGUUAUACCAAAUGUAUCGAUUACUCCAAUUCCGUACGAAACUUUAUGGAAUAUUACAACCGAUGAAGUAUGCUACUGUGGUUUUACAUCAAAUUGUUAUUCACCAUCUGCUUUUUACGAUCUGUUUGCCGAACAAACCCAGGCACAGUUUACAGUAAUGGUUUCUCCUCUAGCAAAUGUAACCGGAUUUUUCGUUGCAUGUUAUGCUCUCGAUGCACUUCUUGCAUCAUCACUUCAAUGUUUUUUCGAUUCAUCUUGUUUUACUACUGUUCUAACAUUUUUUCCAUCGAGUAAUAUAACUCAUCAUGAUAUUCUUCAAAUGAAUCAAACACACUAUGCAGUCGAAACUACUAUUGAAACACUGGCUAAUAAUCUAUUUCUUGAACAAUGGUCAUCCGAAAUAUCAUUUUCAGCCUAUUAUUCCGCAUGUGCUCCUAUUCUAUGCGUUUAUGGAGGACUUAUAAUUGUGCUUCGCGUCUGCGCUUCAAAUGUUGUUAGUUUCUGGCGAAAUCGCAACAAUAAAGAUGCAAUUAAAUCUGAUCUACAUAAUACUGUGGGACAACGUCUAAUCAUUGAAUUACAAAAAAUAAAAGUUCGUAUAAUAGAGUUUAAUUUAUUUAAAACUUCGAUUGGACGUACUAACUCUUAUGAACUAGAGACUACAAGAAUUACAACUCGCGCAUAUAUAGUUAUCAUGCUGUUUAGUUUAGGUAUUAUCAGUAUAUAUCUAUUAUUUUCAACUCGUGUUAAUACAGUCAUUGUACAAUAUCCAUCUAUAGUAGUGUUCAAAAAUUUACAUAAUAAAUAUGAAAAUACGCUUCAGUGUCCUUGCACUCGUAUUGUCAAUGCUUAUGAAUUAUUCACGUCAUUAUCUUAUACAUUUCAUCCCAUAUGUUCAAGUUUAUUUAUAUCGAAUGAAUGGAUUGUUUCUAUACUGAGUACUGAUCCAUAUGAUGCUCUAGACGAUAUCCGAGUACUUGGUCCAACAUUUUUCGAGACUUUAGCAACGUUCUGUUCGCUUUCCAAUAUAACGAUUGAUAAUGCCUGGUAUAUUUUUCAACAAACACCUUUAGUUACUGAUUUCGUCCUAACUGAGACUGAAUUUCAGACAGAAAUAAAAAUAUCAAUUGAACAAUUUAAAAAAACUACAAUAAGUGAAUUCCAACGUGUCCUCUCACUUAGUAGUUUGCAUACAAAAACUAUGUACGCUGCAGGAUAUUUAAAUAUCAUGCUAUCUACAAAUGAAUCAUCUAGUACUAAAACACCGAUCGAUUUUGGUUGGAAGCCGGCAGAAAGAACGACAUGUUCAUGUGAUCUUAAUGAUCAAUGUUAUGACGUGAUGGGCCUCUUUUCUUAUACUCGUGUUGGUAACGAUAUUAUACGCUAUACAAAUUUCUCUUUACCCGAUAUUCUCAUUGGUUGUGUCGUAGUAUCGAGUGUUCUUCAAUCUUCGCUGAGUUGUUUUUUCAACCAAACAUGUUUCGAUAGAAUUCAUAAUAGUAUACAAACCGCACAAUCUAUUAAUAUAUCAAUUCUCGAUCUGAACAAUACUCGAUUUUCUCCUCAUGAUCAUAUAGAAACCAUUAUGAAUAGUUUAAUGAUCGAAACAUGGAAUGAAAAAAUUGAUUAUGAUAAAUAUUACGAACAAUGUGCACCAGAACAAUGUACAUAUGUUUAUACAUCUGCCAAUAAUCCUUUUCAAACAGUUACUGUCAUAAUUGGUCUCUUUGGUGGCCUGUCGGUAGUAAUGAAAAUAAUUGUUCAAUUGGUUGUUCGUUGGAUACGAAAUCAAACACGUUCACAUCCAGGGCGAACAGUCUUAAUAAACUAUCCACCAGUCCAGCGUCGAGUAACUAACUUUUGGCAUACGACGAAGUCAAAAUUAUUAGAACUUAAUCUCUUCAAAACUGAACUCUCAUGGGAUGAUGAUCAACGGCAUCGAAGAGAAAUCCUUACGACACGCUUAUAUCUUCUUUUACUUAUUAUUGCUGUAAUAAUUGUACUUAUUUAUACUUUCAUUGACACACAAACUGAAAUCAUUAAAGUUCAUAAUCCAUCUCAGGAAGUAUUUAAUCAACUUCGAUCACAUCCUCAGUAUUCGUCAACACUUGAUUGUCCUUGCACAAAUAUCACUGUUCAUUAUCAAUCAUUUAUUUCCAUUAAACCGUAUUACCAUCAACUAUGUUCAAGUGAUUUUGUUAACACAAAUUCUACUUGGAUGUCAUUACUUUAUUCAUCUACAGCAGGUAUUGACUAUGCAUAUAAUGAUUAUCGUCUCUUUGCUGCGUCACAUUUUGAAUUACUUUCUUCUCUUUGUGCACUUGUAAAUGAAACAAUAGCUGAGGCUAUCAAUGAAUUUUCAAGAAAUAUAAUGAUCAAUGCCAGAGUGCAAUCACGUGAAAAUAUUGAAUCGCAAGCGAAUACAGCUCUUAAUCGGUUUUGUUUAUCAACUCCUCGAACAUUUGUAUUAAUUCUCGAUUUUAUUAGAUACAUGAAUCAAGGUAACGGUAUUGUUUCAUCCAUUCUUUCGAAUUGGCAUUUUAUUUCUUCGGAUACGAUCUCACCCUGGGAUUCUUUGUGGGCUCUUCCACAUUCGUAUGGUAACGAUAAUUGUU